CUUAACCACCCUCUUCUCCUGCUUUCCUGCGAUCCGGACACUAGAAUCCCUGAGCCUCUUCUAUCAGUUUUCUCAUCUGUUAAGCGGCAACAAUGUCUCUUUGUAAAGUUAAGAUCUUUGGGCGUCCAGCAAAGGUGGCUCAGAGAGCAAGGGAGAUCGAAGAGAAUCUGCAAGGGAAAGGAACACAGGUCUGGAAGAAGAGUGGCGCAGUCUAUGAAGGGGACUGGAAGUUUGGGAAACGAGAUGGCUAUGGUACCCUCAGUCAUCCUGACCCAGAGACGGGAAAGCUCAGGAGAGUGUAUUCAGGCUGGUGGAAAAGCGAUAAGAAAUCGGGCUACGGGAUCCAGUUUUUCGGACCCAAGGAAUACUACGAGGGCGAGUGGUGUAGCAACCAGCGCAGCGGGUGGGGACGCAUGUACUACAGCAACGGCGACAUCUACGAGGGCCAGUGGCAGAACGACAAGCCUGAAGGGGAGGGCAUGUUGCGGCUGAAGAACCGGAACCGGUAUGAGGGCGGCUGGGAGAGGGGCAUGAAGAACGGGCACGGGCGCUUCUUUCACCUGGACCAUGGUCAGCUGUUUGAAGGCUUCUGGGUGGACAACGUGGCCAAGUGUGGCACCAUGAUCGACUUUGGCCGUGAUGAGGCCCCUGAGCCCACCCAGUUCCCCAUUCCUAAGGUGGAGAUUCUAGAUCCAGACGGCGUGCUGAAGGAAGCGUUGGAUAAACUGAGGAAGCCCGAGGAAGAAGAGGACUGAGGUCAGAGAUGGAAUCGAGGCUCGGGAGAAACUCCAGCCCUUGUCACCAAACUGCUCAGACCGGUGCAGCUCCUGCGGGAGCACGCAGCAUCGUCUCCGGGCACGCCCUUGGCUCCCUCGGAGGGUACCCGCGCCUCCAGACACUAGGUUAUUUUUUGUCAGCGGAGGUGGGGUAUUGCUUCUCCCUGGCUGGGCUUGGGAACCCACUCGCUUAAAGCCUUUGCCCCUGUGGCUUUAUAUUAGAGUGCAUGAAAAUAAAGAACGUGGUGGCCUCAA